GGAGACCUCCUCCACAGGCUGGGCAAGGCAAGGAGCGCGGAAGAAGGAGGAGGAGGAGGAUUCCCCCCUCCCGGGAAGGAAGCAGCAGCUGCAGCAGGAACACCGGGGUUCAAGGUGGCAGGAAAAUCAGAGCAGAAUCAUCAACAGAGGGGGGCAUUGGAUUAUCGCCGUGGGCUGCUUUUCCAUUUUCCCUCUUCAGUUUGGGGUAACGUUUGGAACCUUCUGUAAAUUAAGUCCCAGAAGCAAAAAUCUGUAGCAGCUGCCUCUGCCUCACCUUCCCCACAAUGCCAUCUAAUGGGCCAUUUGACACCAGCAGUCCUUCUGCGGAUCGGGAGGCAAUCGAUGCUCACAAGCAGGGAGAAGAAGAACCUGAGGAAAAUCGGAACAAGGAGGAGAAGCCAGAUCCAGGGAUCCCCGUGAGGAAAGUGGGGCGGCCUGGCAGAAAGCGGAAACAGCCAGUGGUGGAGACCAGUGAAAUCCCCAAAGACACAGCCUCAGCACCCAAGUGCCCCCCACCUACCCACAACACCAGCCCUAUGGAACAAGUGCCCAAUGGAGAUGCUGAGAUGGGUGCUUCUGAGAAUAGCACCAUCACCGAUCUGAAGGGCAGGCAGCGAAGCGAGAAUGAACCCAGUGGCCUGCCAGAUGGAGAGAUGGGGCGAGCCCUGGAAAAUGGGCGCUGCACCCCCAAGGACAGUCCUGAUCCUCCUACUAGUGAAGGGAAAGAAGACAAGGAAGAAAACCACUACAACUCACUGAAAAUGGAGGGAUCCCGAGGCCGUCUGCGUGGAGGACUGGGUUGUGAGUCCAGUCUUCGCCCCAGGCCAAUGCCGCGUCUGACCUUCCAAGCUGGAGACCCCUACUACAUCAGCAAGAGGAAGCGGGAUGAGUGGCUGGCCAGGUGGAAGAGGGAGACUGAUAACCCAGCGGCAGCUCAGCUUGACAAGGCUGAGAAGAAAGCUAAGGUAAUUGCUGGGAUGAAUGCAGUGGAAGAAACACCACGGAGCGAGCCCCAGAAGGAGGAGGAGGCUAGUCCACCAGCCUCACAGCAGCCAACUGACCCUGCUUCUCCCAGUGUGGCCACCACCCCAGAACCUGUGGGGCCUGAUGCUGUAGACAAGAGCAUAUCAAAGUCAGCUGAUGAUGAGCCAGAAUAUGAGGAUGGCCGGGGGUUUGGGAUCGGGGAGCUGGUGUGGGGAAAACUGCGUGGAUUCUCCUGGUGGCCAGGCCGCAUUGUUUCCUGGUGGAUGACUGGAAGGAGUCGGGCUGCCGAAGGUACCCGUUGGGUCAUGUGGUUCGGUGAUGGGAAGUUCUCUGUGGUAAGUGACUGAGUUGGAGGUGGGUUUUCUGAAAAGGUCC